AUGAAGACCACUACCGCCCUUUUCCUCUCCGCUCUCUCCCUGUGCGCUGCAACUGUUUCGGCCCACGGCCGCCUGGUUGAGCCGGCUGGACUUCCCAACUCUGGGCCUCUCAAGGAUAUACGCGUGCCUUCCAAUGGCUGCGGCGACGGUGUAACCGUGUCGGGCAACGCUGUUGCGACUUUCAAGGCUGGAUCUACGCAGCAGAUCACAUGGACAGUUGACAACGGGGACGGCGCCGGCCCACUAGCAGUGUCGUUCGACCCCACUGGCAAAGGCACGUCCUUUAGCACGACUGCUGCCAUGGUUGUGCAGCUCGAAGGAAGCAAUGGAGGUGUUGGCAACGACUUCCCUCGUGGAAACCACGUUGUGAGCUUCAAGGUUCCCACGACAACCUGCAACAAGUGUGUGAUGCAAGUAAGACAGUCCUUGACUGGUGGAAAUAACGGCUUUGGAUCUUGCGCUGUCGUAAGCAUUGUCUAA